CAGAAAUGCCAAUUGAAUUGGGACCCCUCAUUGCUGCCAUCGUCCGUACAAAUUCAAAUUCGUAUUCGUAUGUAAAUACUACCACUGAAUGGAUGAUCCAAUUCCAAUCCACCGACACUCAAUCUCGAAUAACUAACACUUACUUUCUCUUUCUCUUCCUCUCUUUCUUCGCUAAAACAUUCAAAGAUUGAAUUUUUUUUUCCUUCAACGAAUUUUCUUGAAUUUCUAUUUUGGGGAAAAAUCUGAGGUUCAAUUUGUAUAGAUUGAAGAUAUAAAUGGGGUGGUUGUGAAAUGAUGGGGCACAAAACGGCGGCGUUUGGAGGGGAGAGGCUGGAUAAGCCGAGGUCGAGAAUGAAGCUAUGGAUGAUCAGAGCAACCACCAUGGUUUUGUUGUGGACUUGUGCACUUCAGUUGACUGCACUGAGUGAGACUUGGGGGUCUCGCUUCUUGGAAGGCUGGCCCUCUUGCUUCUUUCACGAUCCCGAGCCUGCAUUCGGCCUUCACUCACCCCUUCUCCCACCUAAAAGGGUCUAUAAAAACAACGGUUACUUAAUCGUUUCGUGCAAUGGAGGGCUUAAUCAAAUGAGAGCAGCAAUUUGUGACAUGGUUGCUAUUGCAAGAUCUUUGAAUGUUACGUUGAUAGUUCCUGAACUUGACAAGACUUCGUUUUGGAACGAUCCGAGUGAAUUUGAAGACAUAUUUGACGUCGAUCAUUUCAUUUCUUCGCUGAGAGAUGAAGUUCGAAUACUCAAGGAGCUACCCCCACACAUCCAGAGCAGAGUGGAGCUCGGGAUUAUUCGCACAAUGCCCCCGAUUAGCUGGUCUGAUAUCUCAUAUUACCACAAUGAGAUUCUCCCCCUCAUUCAGAGAUAUAAAGUUGUGCAUCUGAAUAGGACAGAUGCUCGUCUAGCAAACAACGACCAGCCCUACGAGACUCAGAGGCUGCGUUGCAGAGUAAACUUUAGUUCCUUAAGAUUUACACCUCAAAUAGAAGAACUCAGCAGAAAAGUCAUCAAAAUAAUGAGGCGAAAUGGCCCUUUCUUAGUGCUUCAUCUCAGAUACGAGAUGGAUAUGCUAGCCUUCUCCGGUUGUACUCAAGGGUGCAACUCCGAGGAGGUGGAAGAGCUAACAAGCAUGAGAUACGCCUACCCUUGGUGGAAAGAGAAAGUCAUAGACUCCGAUAUCAAGAGAAAAGAGGGGUUGUGUCCAUUGACACCCGAGGAAACUUCACUCGUGUUGAGGGCAUUGGAGAUUGAUCCUGCCAUUCAGAUUUACAUUGCUGCUGGGGAAAUAUAUGGCGGGAAACAAAGAUUGUCAACACUCUUAUCAUCGUAUCCGUAUCUUGUUAGGAAGGAGACGCUGUUGGAGCCCUCCGAUCUUAUGUUCUUCCAAAAUCACUCAUCUCAAAUGGCUGCAUUGGAUUAUCUUGUGUCGUUGGAGAGUGAUAUCUUCGUUCCAACGUACGAUGGCAACAUGGCUAAAGUUGUUGAAGGGCAUCGCAGAUAUCUCGGGUACAAGAAGACGAUCCUUGUGGACAGGAGGCUACUAGUCGACCUAAUAGACCGUUACAGCUCAGGAUCACUGAAUUGGGACGAAUUCUCUGGCGCGGUGAAGGCUGCUCAUGCUGAUCGGAUGGGAAAGCCGAGCAAGAGAUUGGUGAUACCCGAUCGGCCUAAAGAGGAGGACUAUUUCUACGCCAACCCUUGGGAGUGUUUACACACAUCAUCGGAUCGCGAGGAAGCAGUAAAUAGCGUUUAAUUUGUCUGUUGUUGUGUGAUAGAAGUAGAGAGUAGCCGUUGUUGUCAACAAAGCACAAGAGGUUGGUAAUUAUGACGCGUGAUCGAGGCACCAAAGUUCAUAGAAAAUUGCAAUCCGCUACAAAUAGUGACAUACUAUAUCCGCUACUAAUAUUCGUUGGUAAACCGUGAGUUUUUUGUAGUGUAAUUAAUUUGUACAUGAUGACCAUUCUUGUACAUAAUCCAAUUCAUUGUCUCUGUAUCAUACAUUUCAGAUAUAGAUUAAUGUUUUUGCUAAA